AUGGACUCAGCCAGCGUGGGGGUGCUGUGCGCCCUGCUCCUUCUCUCGCUGUCGGCCGGCCAAGCCCAGGGGCGGUCAAGGGACCGCCGCAAUCACCACCACCACUGCUUCAGCCAGGAGGAGCUGCAGGCCGGGGAGCUGCCCACCCACUUUGUGAGCAGGACCAUGAAGUGGGACCGCUACGCCCCCGUGCAGCUGGUGCCACACCUGGAAAAGCUGCAGCAGGACGGAGGCCAGAGACGCAAGCGCCAAGUAGAUGGUUGCCCGGCUCUGCAGCUCCAGGCUACCGUCAACAGCGAGCCCAACGAGCGCUCCCUCUCUCCCUGGAGAUACCGCAUCGACGAGGAUGAGAACCGCUACCCGCGGAAGCUGGCCUUCGCCGAGUGCCUGUGUACCGGCUGCAUUGACGCCAAGACAGGCCGGGAGACGGCCUCGCUCAACUCCGUGCCCAUGCGCCAGACCAUGAUGGUGCUUCGCCGCAAGCCAUGCCCACACAGUGCCAGCCCUGGGACCUUUGCCUUCGAGAUGGACUACAUCAAGGUGCCGGUCGGCUGCACCUGUGUCCUCCCCAGGUCCAGCGGCUGAACACAUGUGACAGAUGCUGGAGCAGCCGAGCUCCUGUGGAGGCAGCUGGUUUCCAGCAUGUUAACCCCAGACCCUCAGUGUGACCAUGUCACACAGACCAGUAUGUUUGUUUUAAAGCACUUACUUACUAUUUAUUUCAAUUGUAGGCCCUAUGGAACCAGUUCCCUGUUAUUAGCGAGACCAACCCCAACCAGCUAGCUGUCCUGGGAUCUGGAUUCCAGCUUGCCACCUGGUGAUCCUGAAAUCCAAAUCGUCAGCUGCCCAGGUUGAGCUGCAGGUGCUUUGCAAGCUGGAAAUGCAAUGAAAAGAGCUGUGAAUCCUCAUGCUUCAGGGCACCACCUGACUGCCAGCUAGAGGGGCCAGGAAGGAAUUUUCUCCUUGCUAGAGUUUUGCACAAUUAGGUGCAUCUCUUGGGAGGCGAGCGGGAAUGUAUUUCUUCCUCUGAAGCAACUGGCAUUAGCCACAGGCCACUAGCCUGUUGGAGGGCUCAUUCUAAUGCUCUUGUGUUUAUUACAGACCUCAUGCCUGGCUGGCCCUGCCUCCUUCCCCAAGGUAGAUAGAGGGUGCAUGUGACAGGAGGAGGAGGGGUCAUAUGGAGGUAGGCGAGCACACCCGCCUUGCUGAUUGCACACAUUGUGCCAGGCACUGCCUCCGGGUGCUCACUAACAGAGAGCAUGCCAGGGCUCUUCUUUGUGUGGCU